AUGGCAAUUAUAGAAGUACAACAUCGUCCAACUACUGUUCAAUUAAAUAGUCCACCAACCAGUGCAAAUAAUUUAAUAACUUCAAAAUCUUCAUCAACUUCAUCAAAUAAUUCUCAACAACCUUCAAUAUCUGAACAACACCAAAGUAGUCAAGCACAAACAGAUGAUAUAAAAUUAAAAUUAAAUCAAAAUGAAGGACAAAUCUAUAAUUUAAAAAAUAAUUCAAUGAAUUUAUCAUCAAAGAAACCAUUUUAUCAAAAUGGUGAAAUUAUAAAUAAUCAAAAUUUACCUCCUACUCCUCCAUCAAAAGUUAGAAGUGAAGAAAAUAUUGGAAAUAAUAGAAUAUCAAGUAAUCCUCAACAACAGCAACAACAUCAACAUCAACAACAACAUGACAAACUGAGUAGCAGUAGUAACAACAAUAUGGCAAGUCCUGUAUGUCGAAAUUGUCAAACUCAAACUACUCCGUUAUGGAGAAGAGAUGAAACUGGACAAGUAUUAUGUAAUGCAUGUGGAUUAUUUUUAAAAUUACAUGGAAGACCAAGACCAAUAAGUUUAAAAACUGAUACUAUUAAAUCAAGAAAUAGAGUUAAACAAAAUGGAAAUCAUAGUAAUAAUAAUAAUAAUCAAAAUAAUAAUCAACAAUCUUUAAAUAGUCCUUCUGUUUCUUCAAAAUCAUCAGUUUCAAAUACUCCUGAAUUAAAAUCAAAGACUAGCAGUAAUAGUAAUACUACUAAUAAUAAUAAUAAUCAAGUUAAAAAAUCACCAAAAUUAAAGAAAUUUAAAAAUUCUGAUUUAACUCCAAUAUUACCAGUAAAUUCUCAACAACAACAACAGCCACAACAAGCUCAUCUUCAUCAACAACCACAAAUUCAAUCCCAACAUCAACAUCUCCAACAACAUCAACCUUUACAUUUACCAAAUCAUGUAUUACAUCAAGUACCAUUACAUUAUCCAUCAUCUACUCCAACACAAUUUGCUCCUGGUUUAAGAAGAAUAACUUCACCAUUAUUAUUAUCAAGUACAUCUUCAUCAGCAGUAAGAAAUGAACCUAUUUCAACAGUAGCAGCAGCAGGAGUAUUAGAAAAUUUAUCAAAUGAAUUAGGUCCAAGUGCUACAUUUAAACCUUUUUCUUCUACUUCAUCUUCAACUAGUAGUAAUAAUGGUAUUUCAUUAUUAAAUAAAUCUGAUAGUUUAUCAAGUAAUUCAAAUUCACUGAUUUUUUCAAGUGUUAAUACUAAUAUUAAUAAUCAAAAUAAUAUACAACCACAACCACCAAAAUUACCUGCAUUAAAUAAAAAUUCACCAGCUUUUCAACCAUUUUCAAGAUCUUCAACUCCUACUUUACCUCCAUUAUUUAACGUUGCAUCUUCACUUUCAAAAGAUCAAUCUCAAUCACAACAACAACAGCAUUCAGUAUCUUCAAUAAGUUCUGAAACUUCCAAUACUCAACAAAAUAAUGAAAAGGAUAAAUCUGAACAAAAUAAUAAUAAUCAGAACUCAUUAAAUGGUAAUGGUGAUAACAGUCAUGAGAAUAACAGCAAUAACAACAACAAUGAUGAUAAUAAUAACAAUGAAAAUAAUAAUCAAUCACAAUUAUAUUCUCAACAAAAUCAAGAAAUAACAAUAUUAAAAACAAGAAUAUCAGAAUUAGAAUUAGUAAAUGAUUUAUAUAGAACAAGAAUAAUGGAAUUAGAAGCAAUUGAACAAUCUUCAAAAAUUAGAGAAAAUUCAAUGAGAAAAAGAUUAGAAGAAAUUUUAAAUUUUGAUAAUAAUAAUAAUAAUAAUAAUUCAAAUAUUAAUUUAAAAAGACAAAAAUUAAAUUAA